UUCUCUUAGUUAACCAAAACGAAUACACUUAACUUUAACAAGAAUUUAACGUAAGUUUUUUUCGGAAUAUAAAUGUUAUCACGAAAUUUUCGACCAGAAAUAGAUAUUAGAAAACGUCAAAUAGAUACCUUGAAGAUUUUUAAUGAUAAUGUAACAGAGUUAACUGAAGGAACCGAUUAUAAAAUUGUAUUUACGGCUGGUAAUAAUGAACUUACUUUAAAUGUUUAUUUGAGCGGCGAUUUUCCAAAUGAAUGUCCUCAAAUUCGAAUAACACCAUUAAUUGUACAUCCUUGGGUAUCUGUUGAUGGCCAAGUUACUAAAGCACCAGGUUUACUUAAUUAUACAAUUCAUUCCGAUCUUGGACGUGUGGUACAUGCGAUAAUCCGAGAAUUUGAACGAAAUCCACCUGUUUUAGCGUCUGAAGCUACAUCUAACGUUCCUUGUACAGCAGAAAUGGAUCCAGUAAAUGUUGGAAGAGCUAGUCCUGUAUCACAAAACUAUGGCAACAAUUAUUCAAGAUUAUAUAAUUCACCAACAAGAGCAUCAACAUCAAUGUCUUUACCAAUUCCAAUGCAAGCAAUUUAUUUUCCAGAAUUAAAUAAUUUAACGAUAGAAGAAUUACAAAAGUUAAAAGAAAGUGAAAGUAAACAAGAUGAAUUUUUAGAUAAUUUAAUACAAGUCAAAGAAAUUAAUGAUACAAUAGACGCGUUAAUUCUUCAGAUUGAAAAUAUUGCAGUUAGUUCGUUAUCCAAACAAGAUUUGUUAUUUAAAAAGAAACAAGAAGUUUUAGAAAAAAUAGAAAAAGUAUCAAAUUUAAAAGGUCGAUGUGAAACAUUAAAUCGAAUAUAUCAAUCGUGGGCGGACAAAUAUACACCAUCAAAUAUACAGAAUUUACUUGAAAUUGAAGCAAUGAAUAAAGAUAAAGAAUGUGAAGCGAUUGCAACAAAUUUUUUAAGUGGAGAAAUAAGUAUCGAUAAAUUUUUACAAAACUAUGUGAAAGCAAAAAAAUCGAGUCAAUUGUGUAAAACAAAAGCAGAUAAACUUGCAAAUCAAUUGAUUGAAUUAAAACGUAAAGGCUUUUAAACCAAAAACAAACAAAGAAAGAGU